AUGGUCGCUCACGUCACGGCCAAGUUUGCGGCCACCUGCUCGUCUUGUGCCGUCCUCAACCGCGAGAAGAAGUUCCAUGUCCUACAUCAACGCGGGCUCAUGGUUGGUUACGUAGGGCGCUCCGAUCCGAUCCAUGUCCAGGCGGCGGCAAUGGAGCCCGCGGAGCUAGCCAAGAUCAUCUUCUCCCGGGUGCAGGAGGUGGAGCCGGACAACGUGAGCAAGAUCGUCGGCUGCAUCCUGCUGCGGGAGCCCGACGAGGAUGAGCUGGUGUACACGGACGGGUUCGCCGUCGACCACCACAUCCACGGGGGCGCCACGCCGGGGUCGUUGGAGAGCCUGGAGAUAGAGAUCACGGAGCUGCUCCACUCGCGGCGCGGGCAGCCGGUGUCCAUCGCGUCGCUGCCCACGCUCUACGGCGAGAAGUACGGCAAGGGGCUCCAGGCCGACGGGUACCUGACCGAGAGCCAGCGGCACGGCAAGGCCGGCUUCAGCCUCACCAAGCUGCUCUCCCGCCUCAACAAGAUCAGGGUCAUCGAAAGGCCGCACGGGCAGCACUCGGUGGUUCUCGCCGAGGACGCCGCCAAGUACUCGGAUUGCCGGAGCGACAGAGGAGGGGAGAUCCCGGCGAGCUCGCAUCAGAUAUACCUCACGUUUCCUUCCGACAGUAACUUCACCGAGGACGACGUUGCCAAUUAUUUCGGGCAGUACGGGCCGGUGCGUGACGUUCGGAUCCCAUGCCAAGACCAGCGAAUGUUCGGGUUCGUGAGCUUCCAGAACCCGGAGACUGUGACGGCCCUUCUCAUGCGGCGCAACCCGCAUUUCAUCUGCGGAUCACGAGUCCUCGCCAAAGCCUACAGAGAGAAAACUAAAUGCAUCAAUGAGAGGACCAACAACAAGUCGACGACGCAUUGCUAUCCUCCACGCUGGAUCGAGACCGAUCCAGAGUUCUAUCCAGACCAGUAUGAUUCUCCAAGGCUGGAGAGGAGGCAACUGGCGCGCGACAGGCAGCAGCUGCUCGAACUCGAGAGGAGGCACCUGGCCGGGCUCCGAGUAGUUGAGCCGCAGUGCGCCGCCUACUUCGAUUGCAGCAUCGGGGACGUCGCGCCCUUCAACUCCCACUCCCAGUCCCAAUCCCAAUCCGCAGGUUCCAAGGAAGUGGGACGGACCAUGGAUCCCCUCUCCACGGCUGAUCAACUUGAUGAUAUCGUCUCAACCAGCCAGAGCCAGGCCCCUCCCAUACAGGCAAACAACAACUACGAUGACCAAGAGAGUAACCAGAUCGAACUCCUCCCGGAGAGCCCUUUCGCAUCGUCGGCGCCUACUGGAAACGCCAUAUGAAGAGGCAGGCAAAGAAAAGAAACACGAACUACCACUCUGGACUUUGGGUUGGUAUCUAUGUUCAGGUCCCGGCGAUGGAUGACAGACAGACAGCAUUGUAGUACACACAGGAAUCAGCAAAGCAACCGUUUGUUUUUCUGUAGAUAGAGGCGGACAGAGUGCAAAGGAGACACAGGACACAGUUUCGAAAGAACGAACAAAAAAAAAGGUGACACGUGAAAGAGUGAGAUCUUUUCAUACUUUACUAGCACAUUCAAAAUGGUGAGGACAGUUACAGGAUAGACACAGAUACAAAUGUGUAGUCUGACCACAAUGAAUAGUCAUAUGCCAAAUAGCUGUCCUGAAAUAAGACAGGAGAUGAUGAUACAGGUUAUCUUUUAGUGUUUUUGCCAUCAUUUUGAAAGGGCAUGAAAAAUAAACAGGAACAUUAGCUAGCUAGCAUGUGGUGUUACUUCUGUAAUAAAUACAAACACAGGUGAUCUGUUCAGCUUUAUAUGUUACAGUACUAUUGAUACUUACAACACUCCUUUUUUGUAUCAUGCUUUGGUUAUAUAUAAGUUGUUUUUUCAAAAGAAAGAAAGAAAG